AUGUUGGGCCUUGACAGCGGGUCGCAGGGCUCAACCCCAGCCCCAGCUCCGACGCUGCGAUUCCCCGUCUACCUCCUUCCCAGCCUGAACAUCCCUUUCCGCCGGCGGCAAAGCUCGACAUUAAGUACGAAUGGUGCGAGUCCACCGAAAGAGAGCUCUAUCCCUUCUCUCAGCAGUUCGCCGACUGACUCCGUACUAUCAAGUUCGCUGGGAAACCCGGAGACGCCUUCAAUAAUUCCUUCUAGGUUCUCCUUCUCGAGGAACAGCCGUCGCGCAUCAGUCGAGCCACUUGAUUUGCCAAGAAUAUCGCGAAGCCAGCCCGACAUUCUCAGAUGCUCGACCUGCUCGACCGAUCUAGCCUUUUCAUCGCAAAUCGUGAGCAAGGGAUUCACUGGGCGGCACGGACGAGCCUAUCUGGUUUCGCCGCCGGAGCAGCUCACCACAGGCCGGAAGGCAGCGGAUCUGAUCAAUAUCAGGGUCGGCAAGCCCGAGACCCGCGCCCUGGUGACAGGAUCACAUAUAGUCGCCGACAUCUCAUGUGCGAUCUGCCAUGCCAAGAUAGGCUGGAAAUAUGUCGAUGCCAAGCCAGAUUUGCAGAAAUACAAGGUUGGCAAGUUCAUCCUCGAAACGCAACGAGUUAUGGACUACAAAAGCUGGGAAGAUGUUGAAAUCUCCGAUAGUCAUGAUCUGAGCAUGGAGCCGCGAGAUCUGGCUGCCAUGGAGGGUGACGAGCCGAUCCUCUUUGAUUCAGAUGACGAGGACGAGUGCGAAGAUGUAUUCAGCGGGACAUGGGAUCCCGAACUUGCUGCUAAAAGACGUAGCCGUAAGGUCAACACGCGAGCGAAGCAGACUGCAGCUUGA